AUGUUUAGAGCAAACACGCGACAAGUAAUCAAAACCACUGACGGCGAGACUACGGUAGCAAUCAUCGAAGAACGUAGUCAUAUUCUCGAUGGGAAUUCCACAGAUGUUCGUGCCUGGAUUGAAAUCGAUGCUUCCGAUCUGAUCAACCCAACCCUCCUAAUCUCCUCUCCAGAAGCCGUCGCAGCUUUGGGUCUAGAAGUCGAUUCCACAGCGUUUCAAAGAUUCGAAAACGUUGGAUUAUAUCUACCAGGAAUCUGUUCAGAAUACGUCCCAAAAGCUAUUGAUGAGUUUAAUAGUAGUAGUUUUGAAGGUACAGUCUCCAAAGCUCCACGCGACGUGAACGCCUCCAGAAUGGUCGCCUUCGACGAGAGCCCAGUCUACGGAGGUGUUGCUCACAAAUUGGGAUACAAACCCAAGAAUGGAGGAUUCCAAUGA